AUGGCCUGGGCACAAAAUUGCAAGUGUCCUCUCUAUUUAGCUCUAUGCUGCGCUGAUACCGUGAAAGAAGGGCCUAGGAACAUGAGUUCGAGUGUAAGCAACUUGUACAACUACAGCCUGUAUACCAUAGAGAAAGAUGGCAAAACCGUGAAGCUCAAACCAUCACAGCUAACUACUCAAGUUAUUGGUAAAGUGUUUGGACUGUUCCCCGAUUCCAUUAUUUUGAUUUCUGACGAUGGGUUUGUGGAAACACCAGACCAUGAGGGAAAGUUUCUUGAUGUAGAUGACCUAUCAAAGUGGGUUGUGAACGGGGAUUCGCUCAAGGCAGAUGGUUUGCCUCAAGACCAGCAAGUAGCCUCUUUCUCUUACCAGCCUCCUUCACAAGCAACAUCACAAGCAACAUCACGAAAAAGAGGACGACCGCCAAAAUGGAGUCCAAAGUUCACGUCAGCCUUGCUAGGUGCAAGCUCUGCCUCAGGACAGAAGCCACCUGGAGUUCGAGCUCGAGCUGAACCGAGUGUUGAUGGUGCAGGCCCUUCCACAAUGUCUUCAAGUUCUAGCAGCCGUCCCGAAUGGAGAAAGUAUAUUGAGGUGUGCAAACAAUGGAAGAAAGUGAGCAAUGUCCCCAUCGACCUUUCUGAGGAAAUUGCCAGCGUUCCAAAUGUGUCGAAGAUGGUUAGUGACGAGCUAUUCAAUGGUGAAGAAUGCGUACUUAUGGACAUAGACUACCUGAAGAUACCGAAUACUUCUACUACUCGAGGAUCAAGGUUUUGGAAAACCUCCAAACGUAUUCGAGCCGUUAGAAAAUCUGAAGUAAAGAAAGGAAGGGUUAUUUCCUUGGACUCGAGCUCUGAUAGUGAUUUUGAUUUUGCCCCACAGCACAGAGCAAAAAAAAUGUCUCUACCAUUGGCACCAUCUUCCCUAGGCACUAUGGAUAAAACUGUAUUCGAAUGCCUCGUAUGCAAGUCUCAGACAUCAUUCCCAGCUGUGGUGUCUCCCUGUUGUAAUGUUAUUUUGGGGUGUGAGGUGUGUGUGGCACAAUGGCUGGAGGCCCAGUCAACCUGCCCACAUUGUCGUGCCUCUUUGACUCUCAAGGACUGCCCAAAGUUACCCCUUGUAAGAAGCUUCCAAGAAUUUCUUCGAAAGCAUACGCCUUCUCCAUUGUCAAGCUCUGACUAAUGAACAUUUAUUGGUGAACUUGUAUCCCUGUUGUGUUUUCAUCAAGAGUAUAUGUAUACUCUUGUUUCAUGCAUUUAUUCUUAUUCUUAUUCUUAUUCUUGUUAUUAUUAUUAUUAUGUGAACUUCA